CAGCUUCAACCUCGAUCAUGGAUGACUUUCCAGAGAAAAAGGAACACCCCAAGGAUAAGGUAACUCUAGUCAACGAUUAUGUUCAAGAUGGUUCUGAAGGAGAGAAACCGGCUUCAAGAAAAUGGACCAUCUUGCGGACCACUGCCAUCUUUGCAGUUGUAUCUCUCGUGGUUUGUGGAGCCAUCCUGACAGUAUUUUUGUUGACUCGGAAAGAGUCCUGUACUGAGCGCUUAGUGGAAGUCAAUUUGGAGCCAGGUGAAACUUUACUGUAUCAAGUCGAACAAGUCCUUGAAGUACGGAGUGGAGAGCUUCAGAAAGGGACUCUGAGUACCAUAGUUGCACUUCAAGUAAUAAACAAGACUUCAGAAGAGUAUUGGUUCGUUUUUAAGAUCAUCAGCAUUGCUGCUGAAGGAGAAAACUUAGAAAAAAUUGGUUACGUGACCCGAGGAAGAUCGCUACACCAUUUACUUUCACUGGAUUUGACUAUUUUUUUCAAUAGGUCUGAGUUAAACAAAACGUCAAAAUCCACCAAAGCACACGAGUCCUUUGAAUUAUACGGAAACCAAAAGUAUGACGCAAAGUUAACUCGAUAUGCCCGAGCCAUACUUACUCAGCUUCUCCCAACCGUUGAGCGCAACCUUUACGAACUUGUAGAUGGAAAGAAACCAACUCCAAAUUCUGAGCCAAAACCUGAAAAGUCUUCCAUGUUUCCCGGUAUCGUCAAGAUGCACAGAGAAGCAAACACAUCGGAAAAUGACGAACUUUUGAUUAAAAACAAAUUUAAUCGAUCAGAUAUUACAAAUAUGACAUCUGACAUUGACUUGGACAUGUCAUAUGCUGACUCGUCAGUUCUUAAUAAGAGCAACGGCGUGGUAACAAAAGGUGUGGUCCACUUGACUGAAAAACUUAAUUUCGGAGAGCCAGUUCAGUUUAAGAAAGGAUCCCCAGCCAAAAGUAUGGACGUUUCUUUCACGAGUAAGGUUACUCUUCUUAAUGAUGAGAAAUCUCGGACAAGCUAUCUUGAGGACGAGGAACUAGCAGAUGUUGUUGUCCGUGAUUUCAUCAAACUCGUUGCACCAAAAUCUGAGCAAAAAUUUAGGGUUAAAACCUCCGAGAGAGAGGCUUUGAACGAGCCUUCGGCUGAUUUAACCGCAUUGUACACCACGCCCGCUGGCGAAGAUGAGCGAGAAACAAACCUGACAUCAGCAUCGCACGACUCGAGACACCGAAGUCGCAGAGGCUAUUUUCAAAAAAUCCUUACUGCUCCUCAACAGACAACGUUCACACUCUUUAAGAAAAAAGUUAUUGGCGUAGAUGUACAAGUGAAAACCACUGUUCGUAUUGAAUCAAUUAAAAAGUUAUACAAUCUGAAGCUUGACAAGAUUAGGGUGGAUUUAACCCUACAACUGGGAGCUAGAGUAACAAGACGACUUCUCCGAAAGUCCAUUGACACCACUAAGAAAGAAACAAAGGAGAUAAACGGAUGGAACAUCGAUGUUAGUUACAGUAUUCCGAUACUCUGGGUCGUCACUCUCGAUGUGGAUUUUCUUCUUACGACACCUGCUAGUGUCUCAGUGGACCCAGGCCCACGCUCAACUUCCCGAUUGAGCUUAACGGUAACGCCUUCUGCAUCAGUAACUGCCACUUUGCAAGGAUCUGUAGCAGUAGCCAUCAUAAGGGCUGGGGUGUAUGGAGACGGGCACUUGAUACGCGGAAGUCUCCCAGUCACUGUGUCGUAUAAUGCAAAUCGUCCUUCUUAUAGGGAUACCUGCCUGGAUGUUUCAGCUGACUUUAGGAUCCUUGAACUGGAGGCCGGUGUCUUCUACCAAUGGAGAUCUUGUCGGUGGCACUGGUGGAGGUUUAAAUGCAAUUGGGGUACUCGACGCAACUUGUACAGUUUUGGCCGAUGGUCUGCCUUCAGUUUGAGGAAAAAUAUGAUAAAUAGAUGUUUCUGAUCAUGUUACACUUCGCAAGGAGGUCUGAGUGGUGUGAGCUGUUUAGUUUUAGAGCACUUUUCAAUUGAGUGUCGAAAAUAAUACUGGAAUGCUUUAGUUUUGCUUUACUUUGCUCUGUUGUUAGUCCAGAAAAC